CUCGAAAUCGUCUAUCGUAAAUUUCUUCCGUUGCUGAUUUCUUUGCUGAAUCAACUGUUUCGCGUUCCGGUUGGCGACACGUCGCGUCUCGUCGGCCAACUCGAGGAACGUAGGCUCGAUAAUUAGAGCGCACCUAUUAAUCGAAAGUGAUUACGAAACGCCUCGCAUGCUUGCUCCGGUGCAGCAGCGCGUGUCGACCAAGUAAAACGGCUGCGGCCGUAGCAAGGAAAUCAGCAACGUCCGUGCUCGCGCGAAAUUAGCUCUUUGCUGGUUGUUCGUAGCGCGCGUCUGGUAAUCGCGAUGAGAUCGAGCGGCGCGAGUGGAAAGGUUUCGUGGAGCAUCCGUUCGUACGUUCGUUCGGUCGGUCGACCGUUCGACCGUUCGACCGUUCGCUGCUUCGCCCGUUGGCCUUUCCUCGUGUUCGUUCGUCGUGGAAACUUUUCGGUGAUUCAUUCCUUCCUCGUGACCUGAACAGCUGUUGCGCGCCUCCACUCACCUCCUCUCGCUUCUUCUCGCCUUUGCUUCCUUCGAGCUCUCUCAAGCAAGGAAUCGUUUGUGCGUGACAAGCCGCGUAAUCCGGUAUAAAUAGGUCCUCCAGAGUCCUACCUCCUACGGAUUUCCUACCUUCCUUUGCGAAUUCUCUACCUCCUUUGCCUCUCGAUACUUUCCUUUCGACUGAACGCGACUCUACCUACUAUGUAUGUACAUAUCUCUUGCAUUUUGCUCGCGGGGCCAUUCCCGAUGACAUUCGACGACCGAAUUAUUCCGCUCUCAACUGUUUGAAAGGUCGUUCGUGACGCGCCGAUCGUAUUCGACUUUGUACAUUUUUGCCGCUUUCCCGACGAUCAUCAAAUUAUGCAACUAUGUUUUUACCAAUGCAACGCGGCAAUUGUUCUGUCGUAGUCGCGUCGAAUGGAAGUAUGUAAAUAUGUAUGUAGGUUUCUCGGCGCGCGCUUCGUUCCUGUUUCCUACUAGACUGAUCGCGGCCGUUUCGUUUCGUUUCGUCAGUCGCAUCUCGAAAAUUGCUCGUUCAACAAGGUAGAGUAACUAAGUAUGGUCGCGAAAUAACGGGAAGCGUCCCAGAUUCCUCGAGAAAGAGAGAGAUUCCAGGUUUCAGCGAUAAACACGAAACGGUCGAGCCAAAGUCGACGAAGGAACUGUUGCUUUUUCCAUUUCGAACAGAGGGGAAAAUUUGGCGAAUUUUCAACGUUGCGAAAGCUGUUUUGCGAUACGUGCGAAUGCGACAACCUCUAUCGCUUGCAUAGAGAUGAUACGUUGGGCGUCGCGAUAACUUGGCCAUCGCGAAACAUCGAGCUCGAAAGAUCGCUCUUUGAAUCCACGUUCUUUUCAAAAACAGUUGUCCGUUAUCUUGUCAAACUCACGGAUCCGUGUCUCUCUCGCUCUUCAAAGAUUGCACGAGGAUUCAAUGUCAAAAUAAAUUUCACGAGUAGCAAUCGUGAAAAACGAUAUUUGCGAGUAUUGCGCAACCGAGAAAUUAUAUCGUCAAAAAAUGAUUCCAUACUUGUUAGACUCGAUUUCUCGUUGUCUUCGCGAUCGGGUGGCGCGUUUCGUUUGCGUCGAUUGGAUAAACUUCGAUAUCGAUAUCGAUAUCGAUCGCGAUCGCACGGUUCGCGUUAUCUCUGAAGAAUAACAGGAAGAAAACGCAACUUGAUCUAUUUUUCGGUCAAAGAUUUGAUUCGAUCGAGUUCUUUUCCCCGUUCGCAACGAGCAACUCAACCUUUUUAAUCGGUCCUCGUUAUUUUUACGCGAAUUCGUUGAAUAUCGAUCGUUUCAAGGUACUGUGAUAAUCCGAAAAUUCAAUCACGAUAUCUCCUCGGCGAUAAAACGCGCGUUGAAUUCGCGGAAGGAAGCAAGGAUCGUGGUAACGCUCGCAAAAUAUUUACACGGCCGAGAGAGCCAUUCCAGCGUGUUCGUCGAGGAGCUACAACGAGUUGCCUUGCCUUGCCUUACCUUACCUUACUUCACCUUACCUUGCUUCACCGCUUUCCUUCCUUCUUCGAGAUCGAUUACGACAUCUUUUCCAACGUUCGAUUUCCUGCUUUUUCGAUCGUGUGCGCUACGACUCGUAGCAGACCCGAUUAAUAGCUUUUGCUCUGCUUCCGCGCUUCCGUUCCUCCGUUUCUCCGUUUCUCCGUUUUUGCACGCAACCAUGAGAUCAAGCGGUGUACGCGAACGGACGAUUGAUCGAUCGAUCGUUAAUUACGUUCCCGCGACGACGCGUCAUCGUCCUCGACUUUGGAGCGUAUCGUAUCCAGGAAGAAAACACGCUCGAAUGAAUCCGCAUAUAAAGGUCGCGGGUCGACCGGAUGACGUGCGAGCUGCGAAGGAGAAGAUAAUGGAAAUUUUGGACACGAGGCAGAGCAAUCGAGUAACCAUGAAACUGGAUGUAAGUUACACCGACCAUUCGCACAUCAUCGGAAAGGGCGGUCUGACGAUCAAACGAGUGAUGGAGGAAACUGGAUGUCACAUUCAUUUCCCGGACAGCAAUCGUAGCAACCAUCAAGAGAAGAGUAAUCAGGUGUCGAUCGCUGGAGAAAUGGAGGGUGUCGAACGAGCCCGUGCUCGAGUCAGGAAUCUUACGCCUCUGAUCUUCUCGUUUGAAUUACCGAUCAUGGGCUCUUCGCAGACCGUGCCGGAUUCCACUUCGCCGUACGUGGUUAAGAUUCAAGAGAAAUACAACGUCCAAGUGAUGUUUCGCACCAGACCAAAACUGCACGCUACCUUGGUGGUGGUGAAAGGUUGCGAAUGGGAGGUAUCUCAGGUGAAGGAAGCAACCGUGUUGCUCAUUCACUACAUGUGCCAAAACCUAGCUAAUCAAAUACAAGUACAAAUGACGAUGGAGAUUUCGCCGCAGCAUCACAGCAUCGUUCUCGGGAAGCAAAGCAGUAAUCUGAAGAUGAUCAUGCAACGCACAGGCACUCAGAUAAUGUUCCCCGAUGCCGGAGAUCCAAACAUUCCCAGCCUGAAGAAGAGCAACGUGACGAUCACCGGUGGCAUUCACAACGUCUACUUGGCUCGGCAACAAUUAGUGGGUUCGCUGCCUUUGGUUCUGAUGUUUGAUCUUCCCGAGGACUCGAUGUCCUGCGUCGACACGGAAAACAUUUCGCAGUUGAUGCAGUCGUUGGACGUUUUUAUAAACGUGAGGCACAAGCCGAAACAGAGCACGCUGUCGGUCAUCAUAAAAGGGAUCGAACGAAACGCGAGUAAUAUUUACGAAGCGAGAAAACAGCUUUUGGGCUUGGACGAGCCCCGGGUACACGCGGAGAUACCUGCCACUUACCAUAUUCCGAACGCAGGAAAUGUCUUUCAAGGAAAUACCAGCAACGGUACAGGUACCAACAACAAUCUGAUGGGCAAUCUAUCGGAAAGCUUGUCAAACAUCUUGACGAUAAACACGCAGAAUCCACCUUACUGCGUGUCGCCGAUGUCUCAUUCGCCGAACCCUCUGGGCUUGUCGCCUCACUGGGGCUUGUCAACGAUACCCUCCAUGUUCUCGCCGAUUCCGCUUCAUCAUUCUUACCCAUAUCCGCAUCUUAAUCACCUGCUGACCACGCAGCACGUGUUGCACAACAACGGGAUGCCUCCUCAUUCCCACGGACUGACGAACCACGCUUUGACCAACAUCGGCCAGCUUCACACCAACGUGCCUACCGGCUUUCACAGUAUUCCCGGACUGAACGGUAGUUCCUUGCCAGACAGCAAAGAAGGCAGUGCUUACUCGUCGUUGAGCAGCGUUUCUAGUUCUCUAUCUAGUCCAGCAAUCAGUCCUCGUAAUGUAUCACCGGUCAAUCCUAUCGAGACUAGUCCUAAUUUAGAUUUAUCGAGUAUGCUGUCCGAUCUGUCGGUCCCGGAUCGACGCGCACCAGGUUGCGAAAAGAAAUCCUUGGAAAUGGCUGUGCAACAGAAUUUCGCCCCGUUCGACUACGAGCAGAAGAAAAUGUUGGCGGCGAAAGCGAUUCAAAGGAAACCGAGCUUCAACGAUUAUCGCGUGCCCACGUCAGCUUGGUCCGGUUAUGGGCUCAGCCAAUCCAUUCCUCCCGUAAGCACGACCGACUUGAACAAAGAGUUAACGGCCACUUCUCAUCCGUCCGAUUUGUGGAAAGAACCGACGACACCGGUCUACGGCAAGGAGGUCGAAUUUGCUAUCGGUUCCAGCAAAGAUCGCGUUGGACAGAUCGGUAUAAGCUCCAACUACAUGGAACACACGCCUACUUCGCAUCUGAACAGAAUCACUUCUCAUCGGUACGACGACUUGACCAGCAUGCUCACCAGUGUCGGACUGGAGAAAUAUAUACGCCUGUUCACGUCUCACGAAGUGGACAUGGCUACGUUUCCCUCGCUAACGGAUAAAGAUCUCUGCGAAAUUGGGAUAAACGCUUGGGGUGCGAGACGUAAAAUAAUGCUGUUGAUCGCUGAAAUGAACAAACGAACCAGCCCGUUUUGCGGGAGCGCGGCUCCCGGUGCAGAGCGCAAGUCGUCCAACGCCACCAUCGCCUCCAGCACGAUGGAAAAGUGUAAUCUGGACAGCAAGUGGUAAAACGAGGACAAAAAAUGGUGAUAUUCUUAGAGAACCGUUGAAAAGCAACGGACUUGAACAGGAUUCUC